AUGGCAGGUCUCUUUGGCAACACAACCUCUGCUGCCUCCACAAACGCACCUGGAGAUCCCUCUAAAGAUAUCGCGCUCACAUCUCCCCCUGAAGACUCGAUCUCAGAUCUCUCAUUUUCUCCUGCUGGGGACUUCUUAGCCGUUGCAUCAUGGGACAAGAAAGUGAGGAUCUAUCAAGUCUCAGAACAAGGACAAUCCGAAGGAAAAGCUGCAAUUGACUUCGAAGCUCCCGCUCUCAGCUGUGCUUGGUCCGAAGACGGCACCAAGGUCGUAGGUGUCGGCGCCGACAAGACCUUCCGUCUACUCGAUAUCGCCUCUGGAAACAUGACACCUCAGACGCUCACCGCGCAUGAGCAGCCAAUUCGCUGCUGCGCUUUCACGAAUGUCAACAACACUCCUGUUCUUGUCACAGGCUCCUGGGAUAAGACGGUCAAAUACUGGGAUCUUCGCAGCGACAAACCCGCCGCUACAGUAAAUUGUCAAGAGCGAGUUUACACAAUGGACACGAAGGGCAAGCUCCUUGUCGUCGGGACAGCCGACCGCUAUAUCAACGUGGUUGAUCUCAACAAACCCGAUCAAUUCUACAAGACCAUUCAAUCCCCACUCAAAUUCCAGACCCGUGUUGUUAGUUGCUUCACCCCCAACAACAACGGUUUCGCCGUCGGUAGCAUCGAGGGUCGCUGCGCAAUCCAGUACGUUGAGGAACGCGAUUCCUCCAACAACUUCUCAUUCAAGUGCCACCGCGAGACUCCGCCGAACAACAAGGACCAAAGCAAUGUCUACGCGGUCAAUGCCAUUUCUUUCCACCCUGAACACGGCACUUUCUCUACGGCAGGCAGCGAUGGUACAUUUCACUUCUGGGAUGGUCAGGCAAAGCAUCGCCUCAAGGGCUACCCCAAUAUUGGCGGUCCGAUCACCGCAACAGAUUUCAAUCGCCAGGGUACUGUGUUUGCGUACGCGGUGAGCUAUGAUUGGAGCCAGGGUUUCCAGAAGAACACACAGCAGCAAGCACAUAAGGUUAUGCUACACGGCGUCAUUCCGGAGGAAGUAAAACCCCGGCCGAAGACAGGAAAGCGUUAG